AGUACUCGUCAGUACUGUUCAGACCUCUUAUUUCAUUUGACGGAAUCGUGUCGAGUGGAUAUUCAUAAUAAAUUCACUGAUGUGGGCUUAUAUGUGUUGAAUUUACAUACAUACUUAUAUUGUGCUAAAGAAACAAGAAUCAGUGUUAGGUAUUCCAAGUGAUUUGGAAAUAAAUAUUUCGUCUUCAAAUCAAUCGAUCUCAGAUAAUAAACUUCUCAUUGUUAUUUUUUAAAUCUCUUAAAGGUUUUUUAUUGCGAAAAUAUAAACUUUGAGUGAGUGCAAUUUAAUCAUAUAGAUUAUAUGUGGUGUUAUUACCACUGUGCUACAAAAUUGAUUAAUUGAGGCCGUGUUUUUUCUGAACAUAUACCCAUAACUGCUAUCGGUUUUAAAAAAAAAAUAAAUGACGUUAAUAAUCCAACUGCUGAAACUAAAAAAAGACUUUCCCAUGUGUUCUUUCCUAAGGAUUUAGAAAGACUUAAACGAUAUUAAUUUCAUUUACUUUCAAAAAUACUACAUUUUUACAAGAGGUGCAAAGCAAUUGUAUUUACACCAAAUAUCUUUUGAUUUCGGAAUUAAAGGUUUAAAUUCUUUGAGCGCAUAUACCAUUCUAUAGAGCUGUACAAAAAUAGCUUCGUAUGUCAUCCAACGUUCUUGCAACAACAGACUUAAAUGAAGAAGAAUUGGUAAUGAGUUUAUCUCCAAAGGACAUAUCGAUACCUACCGCCAUUUCUCAGCAACAUCAAGUGGAUACUUCUAUCAAACCGAAUACAAACGAAACAUCGACACACAAUACCGUAACUGCAGCAACCGCGAUAGCGGUUGCACAUCAUCACCACAAUCUUUCGAAUAUUCACCACCUUCAAAGUCUUCAUAGUCAGCAUCAGAGUACCUUAUUUAAUAGUAAUCACUCAACACCUUUUAGCGUAACCGAUAUCUUAAGUCCAAUAGAAGAAUCGUAUCGCAAACUGGAACUGAGCGGAAACCCGCCAUCUCCAUUUAGGUCUAACUCCAGUGGCAGCAGUAUUAAUUCCCCUGGAACAUUACCUUCUUCAACUAUGGCCAAUCCUUAUGCUAUGGGAUCUUUAUAUCAUAGCCCAGGAGUUCAAAGCUAUUGCGGACCUACCGAUAACUUAUCUCUUGCUGGUCACUACACUGAUAUGAGAAGUUCUGCCUCAUGGUACGGAUCAACUGCAAACGAUCCAAGAUUUGCCA